CUCUGUUACAAACAUAUACAGCAUUAUUUUCUAUAUGUAUAACAGUUCGGUGUCGGAGUGGCUCUUUUGGAAGGAAAAAUAUUGAGUUCCUCGAAGAAUGAACCGUAAAGCUAUCGAUUGCGGGACGAAAACAUGCGCUCUGAAUCGCCCAGUCCUGCAUCGAACUCCAGUAUUUACCAUGAGGAUGUAAUAACAAGAACCGACUGCCGUGAAGCGCGGAAUAACUACGAGAAAGUGUCGAAUUACGAGAAAUUUAAGUUAGUUGUGAAUUAGACGUUAAUAUGGAACGAGAUUAAGCGCAAGUGUUUAAAGUUUCUUUCAUACGUUUCGAAAAUAUGGGCAAUCUGCAGAGCGAUCAGAAAUCGUCCAAAACCAAACAUAAAACUAAAGUGAAAUUAGGUGGCAAGAAAAAGGGCAAAGUCGAUGAUAGUUUCGUGUCCAUCGUGCCCGAUGGAGAUGAAGAAACCGCCGCAUCUACAAUACCCACCUACACGCCCGAAACUCCUCAAACCACCAGCAGAAUUCUACCGGAUACCGAACCAUUAAUCGAUUCAAUUAGCAAAAUUACUGAUGUCGUCGACCAAAAUAAAAUCGCCACACCUCAGUCCAGCUCGGAAUCGUACUUCACCGAUCCCCAAACUCCCGUCGGGGUUUCCACCCAAAACGGGAAGGUCGCCAACGAAUCCCAUUCGCAGGAGAACUUCCUCCACAACUUGGCUCUAAACAGCUUCAAACUCAACGAGUACAGAGUCCGGGUCGAAGAGGAGAAAACGAAGAAACUGAGCAAACUUGGGGUGUCGAAGACCAGCCAGAUAAGUUUAGAUAGCGAUCCCAACGAAUGCUUCGUUACCGAAAACGUCGAAAUCGUCAGUCAAGCUCAAGACGAUGUCGAUGGGGAAAGUCUUUGUAAGAGCGAGCACGUGGCGAAGAGACCGCAAGCGCUGCAUGAUGGUAACAAAGACGAAGGGAUGCUUACAAAAGUAAUGUCAGAUGUAAGUUUAAAUCACGGUAUACCGGAAUACAGAAGGAAUAUGUCGGUUCCUGUCGACAUAUCCGAGGUUGCCGAAGAAGGAACUAAAUUGAAGAAAGUCGGAUCUUUUUCCUUGAGUCGGACGGAACUGGAAGAAAAAAUAUCUAAACCUAAAUUCGUGCCAGAAAAGCUUGACUUUCAGCUUUACGAAAAAUUUGAAGGAUAUAUGCUGAUUAACUGGUGUCUCUCCGAAUUGACUGGUAAAAAUUAUGUUAUGCAAAUUAGCAAACACGAUUUGAAUUUGUUGCUGGUGCAAUUUUUUACGAAUCUUUUGGCUGCUGGUGUGUUGAAACAACUCCCAGAUAAAGACGUUCCCGCCUAUAAUAUUUUUAAGCCAGAUUGUAUUUACCUCUGGACGCAUUCCGAGGCACCGACAGCCGUUCCUCAAACUCCUGGGCGAAUAAGCAUGCUGUCCUGGCCUCCGAUGUCGCCCUCCGAAAAUUUAUUUUCCCCUUCGGACAACGAACAAUUUUCGACCGCUUCUCCGCAAGUCGAAGUCGUAUUGAAACCGCAGGAGCUCAGGAAUUCGGCCAGGGACGUGGAGAUACUGGCGUUGGAAGACGAAAUUAAACGGCUGAAACAAGAAAUCGAGAAAUACAAAACGCUAGUGGAGAUACAGACGUUGACCAAAAACGCCGUGAUAGAUUUCAGCUCACCUGUCCAGUCUCCUAUCAAGGAAGAUAAGCCUUUCGAAAAACCCGCUGGAGGCGUAGAUGCAUCUGUCCAAACUGAACCACAAAUUGAUAAAGUAGAAUCAAUUUCAAAAUCAACGUCAUGUGACGAGACCUGUUUGGAGCCUCUACAAAAAGUUGCAACUAUAGAAGAAUUAUCUAUAGCACAAGACUCAUCUUCGCACAUUACUGCAGCACCUGCACCACCUCCACCGCCUAUGCCACCGUCACCUACGCCUGUCGCAGCUCCACCACCUCCUCCGAUGCCUACUACUAUUCCUUCACCACCACCACCACCACCUCCACCAUCCAUGCCUGGUAUACCGCCUCCACCUCCUCCUCCUCCUCCUAUGUCUGGUAUGGGACCACCUCCACCGCCUAUGCCCAGUAUGGCACCUCCACCACCGCCUCCACCUCCACCUUUGCUCGGUACGGCACCUCCACCUCCACCUUUACCCGGCAUGGCUCCACCACCGCCACCGAUGGCUGGUGCACCGCCUCCUCCACCACUUAUGCCUGGUAUGCCGCCACCACCGCCGAUGCCUGGAAAAUCUGGAGCGUCAACUCCGGGACCUGUGCCGCUUCCGCCGCCUCCAGCAGGUGGAUGGUCGACGCAAAAAGCAGCUUUAAACAAAGCACCGAUAACCCCCAAAGUGCCAAUGAAGCCCUUGUAUUGGACCAGAAUCGUAGCGCAUCAGGUAGAAGUCGACUCCAGCCAGCAGCCCAACGCUCUGUGGAAAGAACUGAGUGAAAUCCCCAUCAACGACAUACCGGAUUUUACUGAUCUGUUUUCGAGGCAAGUGGUUACCAAGAAGCCGACGAUCAAGAAGAAGGAGCAAACCAACAAAGUGGCGGCUGUCAAGUUAUUGGAUAGCAAACGAUCGCAAAACGUUGGGAUAUUAGCGCAAAGUCUAAGAGCCGAUGUGCAGGAAAUAGAGCACGCCAUUUACAAUUGUGAUACGUCGGUUAUUGGUUUGGAGGCUCUACAACAAAUUUACGAAGUGAGAGCUACCGAUGAAGAAUUAGAAACAAUAAAGGCGCACAUGGAAUUGUCACCGAAUAUUCCACUGGACAAACCUGAACAAUUUUUAUACGAGCUAUCGGAAAUAUCAAAUUUCGCUGAUCGGAUAUCCUGUUUGAUGUUUCAAGUGGAAUUCGACGAUUCCAUCAACACCAUCGGACACACUUUGACGAACAUCAAGACCACGUGCGAUUUUCUGAUCAAUAAUACCGAACUGAAGGAAGUGAUGGCGAUCAUCCUGACGUUGGGAAAUUACAUGAACGGCGGCAACAUGGCAAGAGGUCAAGCGGACGGGUUCGGUCUGGAAAUCUUGUCGAAAUUAAAAGACGUGAAAUCGAACGAUUCGAAAAUUACAUUGCUCCAUUAUGUCGUUCAAGUUUACAUGAGAAAGAUCACCAAUCCCCUCGAAGAGAAAAUUCCUUUGCCCGUUCCGGAACCUGGCGACAUCAGGAGAGCCGCUUCCGUUGAUUUCGACGAUCUAAGGGCCGACUUGAGGAAACUCCAGAAGCAGUUAGAAGGUUGCGAACGCAAAUCGCAGAAAAUUUUCGAAUCUUCAACGCCGGAAAACCUCCAACCGUUCAAGGAUAAAAUGACCGUGUUUGUGGAACAAUCGAAGAAGCAGAUGGCCUCGGAGAAGGAGAAUCUGGAAGAGUGCCACAAACAGUUUGUGUCCACCAUGAAAUUCUAUUUGUUCAAGCCGAAGAAAGGAACGUUGGAGACAUUCUCGCCCAAUCUUUUCUUCGAAUUCUGGUUGCCUUUCUGCGACGAUUUCAAGAAUAUAUUCAAAAAGGAGCUCAUACGAAUGGAAAAAGAAAAGAUUCAAGAAAUUAAGAGAAAAGAAAGCGAAAGAAUGUCAGGGGUAAAAACAAUAAAAGAGAGAGAGAAUGGACUGAAAGCGAAAAUACGAAAAGUUAAACAGAAGCUUCAAACCAACAUGUGAUUACCUAUUAGUUUUUGUUGUAUUUAUUUUGUUUUCGAAUAUUUUACUCGAGAGCAUAUUGUUACGAUAUUUUAAGAAGUUUAAUAUUAAGUAAAUAAAUAUAUUUUUUUAAGUUU